AUGGGGAAUAUGGGCUUAAAAGACUCUUGCGAUUCAAGUUUUCCGGAAGAAAUUACAAGGUUUACCGGAAAUCGCCCCUCUAGACGGUCUCCGUUCGUAGGCCUUUUGCCCAGUCGCCGAAAAUGGAUUCUGGCCGACGACCCAUGGACGUGGGUCACUGGGUUCGUCUCGGAUCCUCCGGGUUCUCCACUGGUUCUCUCGGUUUCACGGGUUCUCGGCUCCACGGGUCACGGGUUCCACCGGAAAUCAACUUCUGGCCACCGAACAUCGCGCUCCAGACUACCCACCGGCGAGCCAUGGAGGAUCGGACCUCCGGCUCUCACGAUCGGCCUAUGGUCUGUUCACGGGUCUUCGUGGAUCGGGUCACCUCCGGUUCUCUUCACGGGUCUUCGUGGAUCGGGUCACCUCCGGUUCUCUUCCUCUCUCUCCGACAGCAUCUCUCUCAUUGGGCAGUUAACCUCUCUGCAGUAUUUCUCUAUUGUUGGGUUUGAUGAAGUUGUAACAGUGGGUCAUGAGUUUUGUGGCAGCGGGUCUUUUUCAGUUAAGCUAUUUGAUGCCGUAAAAGUUCUAAGGUUCAAAGAGAUGCGAAAGUGGGAGGAAUGGGUUACUUUUGGUACUGAAAAUGGAGGUAGUGCUUUUCCUAAAUUUGAAGAGCUUUGUAUUAAGUACUGCGAUAAGCUAAGAGGUGGGUUGCCCAUCCUUCUUCCUUGUUUACCCAAACUUGAGAUUUAUGGAUGUCUGCAGCUAAUGGCUCCACUCUCAAGGACUCCUGCUAUUCGUGAAUUAAAGCUAAGCUAUUGUAAUGAGAUGUCGCUAAAGGAAUUGCGAAUUGAAAUGCAUAAGCUUAGAAUUGAAGGAAUUAAUGCACUGGAGUCCCUAACAGAGGGAAUGAUAGACUCCAAUGGCGGUCUUCAAGAGUUUGUGAUCGGUGAGUGUUCCUCACUUGUGUCCCUUCCUAAGGAUAGUCUUCCCUCUACAUUAAAAACCCUCGACAUCAAUUUUUGUUCCUCACUUGUGUCCAUUCCUAAGGGAAUGAUAGACUCCAACAACUGUCUUCAAGAGUGGGUGAUGAAAGAUUGCUCGAGUCGAACACAUAUGGAUUGAUGAGGAAUUGAUUGAAUAAGCUACAAGUCUAGCAAGGGUCCCCAAUUUCGAAUGCUCUGUCCACUUCACCAUUCCAGACAUAAGUAAUUGACAACUCCAUAGAGAAUUGGGGAUGCUUCAAUUCGAACCAACAAG